UUCCCUCCUUCUGAAACCUCCUUUCUCAAACACGCGCAGCUGUACAGUUCGACCGCGCAGCGUCGCCGUGCCGCCGCGGUUCCCCCGUCAGUCACGCACGCCUCCUCAUUAGUUGUCCACACGGACGCGGUAAAGAAACGCUACUUUUUUUUAGGGUGACGCGAGCCAAAACACAAUGACCUGGUCGCCAACACCAGGACCGGCAACAAACCAAACUGGACGUGGAUCAGCCAAUCUAUUCUGAGCACUAAGGAGCUUAGGGAGUCGGUGUAGUAGGCAUGGGCUGUUGCUGCCUCUACUGCUGCGGUGGGGCUGGCGGUGGUGGUGGUUGUGGCAUGGUGAUGGUACCUAAGCUCCUCGCGCGCUCCGUGUGUCUCCUGUGUUCUGUCUUCAGACAUGGCGUCUAGGUGCUGAAGAGGAAGCGUUUGCUACUGCUGCCGGAGGUCCCCCCCCCCCAAAGUGGACGGAUGAGUGACAGGGGUCGACAGGAGCAACCACAAUAACAACAACAACAAAAGCAGCAUCAGCAACAGCCCACUGGCGAAUGAAUGGUCGGCUAGGCUGCUUCUGUGGCGCGCGGAAUCCUGGGAGGAGGAGGAGUAGUAGUAGUUGUCAUAGUAGUAGUAGUAGAAGUAGAAGUACAGUAGAAGUAGUAGUAGAGGUAGUCUAGCAGUGGACCAACAUGAAGUACCAGAAAUAUAUAACGGUGAUGCAGAUGGCCAUGGGGGUGACAGCCUCAAACAAAGACUGCCUGCCGGUUAAAAGGCAGCUGUGGGUUACCCAAGACGAUGGCGACACCGCCUCCAUGGCCCCACACCCUGACGACAUGGACGGGCCCCAGGGGGCCUCGUCCACCUUGUCCCUGCCCAUGAGCCAGGGCAAGCCCUCCCUGCGGCGGAUCAAGGGCCGGAUACACCGCAGCAAGAGCCUGGACAGCAUGGACCUGCUGGACUCGGGCGCUGCCAUGGAGGAAACGGUCAUCUGGGAGCAGCACACUGUCACUCUUCACAGGGCUCCAGGGUUCGGCUUUGGCAUCGCCAUCUCAGGAGGCCGGGACAACCCUCACUUCCAGAGCGGAGAAACCUCUAUCGUCAUCUCAGAUGUCCUGAAGGGAGGCCCCGCAGAGGGCCAGCUGCAGGAGAACGACCGUGUGGUCAUGGUCAACGCCGUCUCCAUGGACAACGUGGAGCACGCCUACGCCGUGCAACAGCUCCGCAAGAGCGGGAAAAACGCCAAGAUUACCAUCCGCAGGAAGCGGAAGAUCCAGCUCCCGGUGUCGCGGCCCGGCGACCGGGAGACCAUGUCGGAGCACGAGGAGGACGAGGAGGAGGAGAGCGAGGACGAGGAGGGUUACCAGGGCAACCGGGCCCAGAGCGCGGCGUACGGCGGGGCCGGGGCCAGCGGUGGCGGCACAGCCCGCCGGCAGGAGCGGGAACACAGCGCGGGGCGGCGCGACCGCAGCGCCUCGCGGGACCGCAGCGUGUCGCCGCGCUCGGAGCGGCGUUCCCAGGCCUCCCUGGGCCCGCCGAAGCCCUCCAAGGUCACCCUGGUCAAGUCCCGCAAGAGCGAAGAAUAUGGACUGCGCCUGGCCAGCCACAUCUUCGUGAAGGACAUCUCCCCAGAGAGUUUGGCCGCGCGGGACGGAAACAUCCAGGAGGGGGACGUGGUGCUGAAGAUAAACGGCACCGUCACAGAGAACCUGUCGCUCGUGGACGCCAAGAAGCUGAUAGAGAGGUCAAAGGGCAAGCUAAAGAUGGUAGUCCAGAGAGACGAGAGAGCCACGCUUCUAAACGUUCCUGACCUCGACGAUAGCAUUCCAUCAGGGAACAACUCUGACAGAGAUGACAUCUCUGAGAUCCAUUCCCUGACAUCAGAACAUUCCAACCGCUCCCUUGGGAGGGGCAGUCGCUCCAGGUCACCUGACCGCUCAGACACCCACGACCACCCCCGCCACUCCCCUCGCCAGGUCAGCAACGGCAGUUGGCGGCCGCAGUUGAAAGCAGGGUCACUGUUGCACAGAUUGCUCUCCAUCCACAGGAGUCGAGAUGAGGAGCGGACGUCGAAGCAAGGGGCCAUGUCGACGCCGCUGAAGAGCUCCGAUGAUGGCGUUCUGUCUCAGACCAGCGACCAAGCCAGCUCGCAAGACGACAAGCACACCCCGCCACUGCCCGAACCGAAGCCGGUGUACGCCCAGCCGGGUCAGCCUGACGUGGACCUGCCCGUCAGCCCGUCGGACGCACCGAUACCCAGCGCUGCUCACGAUGAGAGUAUCCUCAGGCCCAGUAUGAAGCUGGUGAAGUUUAGGAAGGGGGAGAGUGUGGGUCUCCGCCUGGCCGGGGGCAACGACGUGGGGAUAUUCGUGGCUGGCGUUCUGGAUGACAGCCCUGCCGCAAAGGAGGGCCUUGAAGAGGGCGACCAGAUCCUGAGAGUGAACAACGUGGACUUUGCCAACAUCAUCCGGGAGGAGGCGGUGCUGUUCCUGCUCGACCUGCUCAAAGGGGAGGAGGUCACCAUCCUGGCCCAGAAGAAGAAGGACGUGUACCGCAGGAUAGUGGAGUCGGACGUGGGCGACUCCUUCUACAUCCGGACGCACUUUGAGUACGAGAAGGAGUCUGCGUACGGCCUGAGCUUCAACAAGGGCGAGGUGUUCCGCGUGGUGGACACGCUGUACAACGGCAAGCUGGGCUCAUGGCUGGCCAUCCGCAUCGGAAAGAACCACCAGGAAGUGGAGCGUGGCAUCAUCCCCAACAAGAACAGAGCUGAGCAACUGUCCAGCGUGCAGUACACCCUCCCCAAGACUCCAGGGGGCGAUAGAGCAGACUUCUGGCGCUUCCGCGGCCUGCGCAGCUCCAAGAGGAACCUGAGGAAGAGCAGGGAGGACCUGUCGGCCCAGCCAGUCCAGACAAAGUUCCCCGCCUAUGAGAGGGUGGUGCUUCGGGAAGCUGGGUUCCUGAGGCCCGUGGUUAUAUUCGGGCCGAUCGCAGAUGCGGCCCGAGAGAAGCUGGGCAGAGAGGAGCCUGAUGUAUUUGAGCUAGCAAAAACACAGCAGCAAAAAGGAGGGGAAAAGAGCGAGCCUCGAGACGCGGGGACCGAAACAAAGAACUCUGGGAUCAUUCGUCUGCACACCAUCAAGCAGAUCAUCGACCGGGACAAGCACGCCGUGCUGGACAUCACCCCCAACGCGGUGGACCGGCUGAACUACGCCCAGUGGUACCCCAUCGUGGUCUUCCUCAACCCGGACUCCAAGCAGGGCGUGAAGACCAUGAGGACCCGCCUCUGCCCGGAGUCCCGCAAGAGCGCCCGGAAACUGUACGACCGCUCCCACAAGCUGAGGAAGAACAACCACCACCUCUUCACCACCACCAUCAACCUGAACAACAUGAACGAGGGCUGGUACGGAGCUCUGAAGGAGAACAUCCAGCAGCAGCAGAACCAGCUGGUCUGGGUCUCAGAGGGCAAGGCCGACGGCGCCCCCGACGACGACCUGGAUCUCCAUGACGACCGGCUGUCCUACCUGUCGGCGCCGGGCAGCGAGUACUCCAUGUGCAGCACGGACAGCCGCCACACCUCGGACUACGAGGACACGGACACGGAGGGCGGGGCCUACACCGACCAGGAGCUGGACGAGACGCUCAACGACGACGUGGGCGGGCCGCCGGCCGCGCCCGCCAUCACCCGCUCCUCGGAGCCCGUGCGGGACGACCCGCCCGUCAUCCAGGAGCCGCCGGGCUACACCAACUACCACCAGCCGGGCCCCUCCCCCGGGCCGGCCGCGGGCCACGCCCACAACCACAUGGCCGCCACCGGGGCCGUUCCCGCCGACGCGGCGCUGAGCCGCAUCGACCCGGCCGGGUUCAAGGCGCCGCCCCAGCAGAAAGCGGAGGCUGUGCUCCCUAGCCCCCCCCCCCAGGCCGAGCCGGCGGCCCCCGCCGCCCUCCACACUGUAAACUCUGUAGGAUCCUUUAGGGCCGCGCCGGCCCCCGACUCUGGCUCCCUCAGGAGGCCCCCGCCUGAGCGGGCCCCUCAGAGCGGAACCCCGGAGCCGCUCGCGACCGGACCGCCUGGCCCGGAACCAAAGAUGUUCCAGAAGGAUCCGUACUUGGACCACGGCGGGCGCAUGGCUCCGGCCGGCGUCAAGCCCGUGGCGACCUACGACCCCCAGCCCCCCUACCAGCUGGACCAGCCGCCGUACCGCGACUACGACCACCUGGCCGGCCGCUACGAGGGCAGCAGCGGGGGCAGCAGCGGCUACCUGGAGACCAAGUACCCCGCCUUCGACCCCCAGCUGCCCUACGAGAACAACGGCACGCACCCCGACCAGCCGUGGUCCCAGUACAGCCCCUCCCCCCCGGCCACCGCCGGCCCCCAGGGCUACGACCCCCGGGGGCCCUACGGCGACAGCCCGGACCUGCAGCCCCACCCCCCGCAGCGCUACGACCAGGAGCCGCCGGCCCCCCAGCGCUACGACCAGGAGCCGCCGGCCCCCCAGCGCUACGACCAGGAGCCGCCGGCCCCCCAGCGCUACGAAGACGCCCACGGGCCCCAGCGCUACGACCAGGAGCCGCCGGCCCCCCAGCGCUACGAAGACGCCCACGGGCCCCAGCGCUACGACCAGGAGCCGCCGGCCCCCCAGCGCUACGAAGACGCCCACGGGCCCCAGCGCUACGACGACGCCCACCCCCCGCAGCAGGGCCUGAACGGACGGCCGCGCUACGGCAAGCCGGCCGCGCCCGCCCCCCUUCGCUACGACGAGCCCCUCCCCCCGCUGGGCCCGCCCUACGACCCGCGCUCCCGCUACGACCAGGACCCCCAGCCCUACCCGCCGCCGGCCCGCUCCCCGGAGCCGCCGGCGGCGCUGCGCUACAGCCAGGGCCCGCCCCCGACGCAGCCCCAGCCCCAGACGCAGCCCCAGGCGCCCCGGGGCUACAUGCCCCCCGCCCAGCCCUACGACCUGCCGCCCCAGGCCACGCCCUCGCCGCCGCCGCCCAAGAGCGAGGCGCCCUCGCCCCCGACGGAGCCGGCGCUGGACCAGCCGGCGCUGAAGCACCAGUCGGUCCUGAACCGCGUCAAGAUGUUCGAGAACAAGCGCUCUGUGUCGGUGGACCGCGUCAACAGUGAGGCUGCCCUGAACAAGGCGGCUGAGCUGCCUGUCAAGCCCGGCGGGAGUGUGCCUAAAGCCAACUCUCUGAGUAACCUGGACCAGGAGAAGAACUUCAGGGCCCCGGAGCCCCAGAGGCCUCAGUCCAAGAUGACGGAGGACAUCGUGCGGGCCAAUCACCACAACCCCGACGAGGAAGAGGAGUACUACCGGGAGCAGCUGGCCUACCUGGACACCAUGCAGACCGGGACCAGUAAAGCCCUGCCGCAGGGCCAGGCGGCCUACAGCUACCCCAGUUCGACUGAAGGGGUGGGCGCCGUGGAGAAGAGAUACGACGUUACUCCACAAGGGACGCCUGCUGUUCGUCAAGGAACACUCACCAAGCCCACCGUACCUGAGAUCAAGGCCCCGGCGCGAGACGAGACGGUUCACACCAACUUCCUGCCGCACAAGAGUUUCCCGGAGAAGACGCCGGUGAACGGCACCAGCGAGCUCCCCGCCAAGCUCCCCAGCAGCGGCCCCACCGGCGCCCCCAGCUACAACCGCUACGUGGCCAAGCCCUACACCACCUCCGCCAGGCCCUUCGAGCGCAAGUUCGACAGCCCCAAGUUCAACCACAACCUGCUGCCCCACGACAAGCCUGAGCCGGCGCCCAAGAUCAACUCGAGUCCAGCCAAGGUGACGGUGGCUCCUCAGUCCCAGAGCACGGACCAGGACAGCGGCCUGGACACCUUCACACGCACCAUGGACCAGCGCUCCAAGUACCAGCCCAACAACAUCCACGCCGUGCCCAAGGCCAUCCCCGUCAGUCCCAGUGCCCUGGAGGACGAGGGUGACGAGGAGGGCCACACGGUGGUGGCCACGGCGCGGGGCGUCUUCAACUGCAACGGCGGCGUGCUGAGCUCCAUCGAGACGGGCGUCAGCAUCAUCAUCCCCCAGGGCGCCAUCCCCGACGGCGUGGAGCAGGAGAUCUACUUCAAGGUGUGCCGGGACAACAGCAUCCUGCCGCCCCUCGACAAGGAGAAAGGGGAGACCCUUCUCAGUCCCCUGGUGAUGUGCGGCCCCCACGGCCUGAAGUUCCAGAAGCCGGUGGAGCUGCGUCUGCCCCACUGCGCGUCCAUGACCCCCGAUGGUUGGUCUUUUGCUCUAAAAUCCUCCGACUCCUCGUCGGGUGACCCCAAGAGCUGGCAGAACAAGUCUCUCCCAGGGGACCCCAACUACCUGGUGGGGGCCAACUGUGUCUCUGUGCUCAUCGACCACUUCUGAGUCACAUGUCAACCCCCCCCCCCCCGGGAUUCAAACCUGCAGCCUGGGACCCCUGAACAAACACAUGCACACAAAUAUGACCACACACACACACACUAAUACAAACACAUGGAUAUAAAAACGCACACACACACACACACACACACACAUAUAUACACACACAAACGUAUAUAAAUACAAAUAAGCAUAUAUAAACGCACAGAGAUGCACUUAUAGCCGCACAUGUAUUCACACUACAAAGACACACAAGGACAUAAACACAUGUGCAAACACAUGCCCAUACACACACACACACACACACACACACACACACACACACACACACACACACACACACACACACACGAUAACGCAUAUAAAAAAAAUUACAUGUACACAAACAUACACGCCAGCCUGUCGCAUAUCAGAACAUGGAUGAUCUCGGCUCCAGUGGCAGAAGGCAGGGGCCCGCUGACUACAGGGGCCCCUUUAAACCCCACCCUGAAGUCAUGACGUUUAAAAAGAAAAAGAAGCAGAAGAAGAAGAAAGUAAAUAAACACUUAAAAACUGUACAUUUUAACUGUGGAUGGAAUGCAUGCCCGCCCUUUUUGUCGCUACGGAGGAACGGAACACUUUGCGAUGCCGACGUCUAAUAACCUGUUCGCGCCCCGAAAGGACAUACUUACUCCACACUACCGUGUAUCUACUACACCAUAUAUAUGCCUACAGUAUAUAUAGAACAUUUUUAUAUUGUUUUGGAUUAACAGACGUUAUAACUCUUGACUAGCUAGACCAGAGCUGUGCGCGGCUGAUGAAACUCUUGUCUCGUAGCGACAGAGCCGACUAAAUACUCACCACCCCUGUUCCACCACUCCGAGUGCCAGCGUCGUGAGGAAGGCCUGAGAGAGAGAGCGAGAGGGGGGCAAGACGGUGAACCAGCGUGAUGGUUUUUGGUUGGUCGGUGAGAAGAAGGAGGAGGAAGAGGAUUUUGGGUAAUAUUUGCAGGUCUCUGGUGUAGAAGGUUGUUUGUUUUUGCUGAAGGUUUGGUAAAAAAAAAAAAAAAGAAGGCUCCCAUUUCCGGUGGCCAUCUAUGGUGUGGUGUUGUACUGCUGUGACGGGAUGCAUGUGCUUUACUCAGGUCCACAACCUGCUCGCUCGCUCUCUCUCUCUCUCGCUCUCUCUCGUUCUAGCUCUCUUUUGUUCUCUCUCGUUCUAGCUCUCUUUUGUUCUCUCUCUCUCUCUCUCUCGCUCUCUCUCUCUCUCUCGCUCUCUCUCGUUCUAGCUCUCUCUCGUUCUAGCUCUCUUUUGUUCUCUCUCGUUCUAGCUCUCUUUUGUUCUCUUUUGUUCUCUUUUGUUCUCUCUCUCUCUCGCUCUCGCUCUCGCUCUCUCUCUCGCUCUCUCUCUCUCUCUCUCUCUCUCUCUCUCUCUCUCUCUCUCUCUCUCUCUCUCUCUCUCUCUCUCUCUCUCUCUCUCUCUCUCUCUCUCUCUCUCUCUCACACACACAUCACACCCCUCUAUUCUACACAUUAUUAAGCAGUGAUGCCUUAUCUGAUUAGUGAACUUUAAGAAAAAAAAAAAAACUACAAAACAAACAGCUAAGUUCUUAUGGUGAAAUGAAGUUUGUUUAUUAUUAUUAUUUUGCCAUUUUGUGAAGCCACUGUGAGUGAAACUGGCUUUAGCACUAAAGUACGGUUAAAAACUGGUUGAAACGGUAUGCUCUCAAUCUGCUAUGCAUAUUACUUCAGACGAAACAUAACCACACAAGUGGCUGUACAGAAUGCUAGCAAAUUGCCUUGGUUCUUUGUAAAUGAACUUUUUUGUAUUUAGUUUUUGUAAAAAAAAAAAGAAAAAAUUAGGGAGCAUGUUUUCAGUUUGAAGUGGGAAUAGUGAGACGGUGAA